GGCGGCUAUAUGCGGGGGCGCGGACAUGGCGGACUAGCGGAUCCUGUCGAAUCCACUGCUGGUGAAAUUUCUAACGAAGAUCAGUCGAACGCAGUCGCGCUCCCCGCGGCUGCUUCCGAUUAA